CUGAAAAAUAAUCUUCUCGAAAAACACGGAGCUCAGUGCACACAUUAUACACGCGUCCGAGAAAAGGAAUAGCUUCAAAAAGAGAGACGUCAAAAUUUCGCUAAUGAAAUGCGUUCGAAAAUUGUUUGCGAAAAGUUAGCACCGCGUUAAUAGUGCGAUCACGUGUAUCGUUUACGAAGGCCAACGACGCCGCGACAAAAACACCACCACCGUGACCCAGAGACGCUGCAGUGAUCUCGUCGUCGCGCGACUGCUUUUGUGACUAGGCAUGCAAAUUCACUCGACCGCCCACAGAUUACAAUACACACCUGCUGGGAGGGAUAGACACUCUUAAGCGGCGGCCGGAGCCACAAACAUGCCAGUCCCGACAGCCACCUACACCGCCAUGCAGCUCACGGCGGUGAAGCCGAAUGCGCCAGCAGAUGAUAAUAAAAACAGCGGGUGGUUGAGAAAAAACAAAAUGCAGUCUCUGUUGACGAAGAGGCUGCCCAUUUUAAAAUGGGCCAGAACGUACGACUCGAGCUGCUUCGUGGCUGACCUGCUUGCCGGACUCACCGUCGGACUCACAGUCAUCCCACAAGGAAUGGCAUGUGCGGUCAUAGCAGGCUUAGAACCACAGUAUGGACUGUACGCAGCGUUCAUGGGCUGCUUUGUGUACAUCUUUUUUGGCAGCUGCAAAGAUAUAACGAUUGGUCCGACUGCUAUUUCUGCCAUGCUGGUUAAACCUUAUGUGGACAAAUUCGGCGCCCAAGUUGCAGUCCUGAUUUGUUUUUUGUCAGGCUGCUUGAUUUUCUUACUCGGAGUUUGCCAGCUUGGCUUUUUGGUGGACUUCAUAUCAAUGCCUGUGAUAAUUGGCUUCACUUCUGCUGGUGCUAUCAGCAUCGCUUCGAGCCAGGUUGCAGCUCUCCUCGGAAUCAAGGGCGGUGGUCACACUUUCCUCGAGUACUGGAUCAAAGUUUUUGAAAACAUCCAAAACACAACAAUUUGGGAUCCAGUUCUUGGCUUCACCUGUAUCGCCAUUCUUCUCUUCAUGAAGUAUAUUACGAAAUAUGCAAGGCCACCUGCCAAUAGAUCUGAAAUGACAACUUCAACAAAAAUCUGGAAAGGUGUGAUCAAGUACUUGUCCCUGAGCAGAAAUGCUCUGGUCGUUUUAUUCAGCACCGUCAUCAUUGUGCUAAUCAUGGGAAAUGGAGAUCCACCUGUUGUUAUAACAGGAGACAUCCAGGAAGGCCUUCCUCACUUUACACUUCCUGAUUUUGGCCUGGUUUACCAAAACGAAACCCUGAGUGUAGCUGAAACAUUUAAUGAACUCUCGUCAGCGAUCAUCAUUCCUUUUGUUCUCGUUUUAGAGUCCAUAGCUAUUGCUAAGGCUUUUGCUAACGGGAAGACAAUUGACGCCACCCAGGAGAUGAUUGCUCUUGGGCUGAGUAAUAUUCUUGGCUCGUUCUUUCAAUCUUUCCCAACAACAGGCUCUUUUACUAGGACUGCGGUGAACAAUGCGUCUGGUGUUCGGACACCAUUAGGGGGCUUUUAUACUGGUGCCCUUGUUCUACUGUGCCUUGGUUUGCUGACCUCUUCUCUGAAGUACAUGCCGAAAGCAACAUUGGCCGCCGUAGUAAUUUGUGCUGUGAUAUUUAUGAUUGAAAUACACGAAGUCACAAUGGCUCUUUGGAAAUCCAAAAAGCUGGACUUGAUUCCCCUUUAUGCAACUUUCAUCGCGUCUUUGCUCUUGGGACUAGACAGUGGAAUGAUAAUCGGUAUCGGGGUCAACGUACUUUUCAUUUUCUAUGAGGCGGCCAGACCGAAAUUAUCUAUCGAGACGUCGACUCUACUAAACAAGGAAGUUAUUCUUGUCAGACCUGACAGGAGUAUAACUUAUCCAGCUGCGGAAUAUGUGAAGGAUGCAGUUAACAAGCAGUCGUCCAGGUUUAUGGGAUGCGAAGUUCUCGUUGUAAUAGAUGGAAAGAGAAUUAACGGAAUUGAUUCUACAGCAAUAAAAGUUUUGAAAUCCUUGCUUGACGAUUUGAGAUUAAAAAAUCAUGCUAUUUGUUUCUGGAACUGGAACAAAAUGAUAACCGACUCUUUUGUGUCAUUCGAUGGCAAAGACAUUGAACUGUUCAAGUGUGAAACCACUUUGGAGCAUCUUUUAUCAGCUGACGAUAAUGAAGAAGUGGGACCGAGCUGCAGUGUUGGCGAUGGCGACACCUCGUCAUGCUCUUCAAUGCCAACCGAGCAGGUUUGGACACCCGAGAAACUGCCUGUCUGAUUAACUCGAAGCAGACAAGUAAAAAGUGAAUUUAUGCAUAAAAAGUGAAUUUUUUUUACCAAAAAUGGACUGUUAACAAUAGAAAAGAACUAGAAUUCUUAUCUAGAUCGGUUUCCAAAAUAUUUAUUUUAUCACAAGACAAUGUUUAUUUUUAAGAAAAUUUUACCUGAAUGUAACUGCAGAGAGCCGGAGACUUAAAAUAAAUUGUAUUUUAAGAAAAUUUUUAAUUUCUAAUGUGUACAAAAUAAAUAUUAUUUUUUAACAUACAA